AGAGGAAGAAGAGGAAGAAGAGGAAGAUGAGGAAGAAGAGGAAGAAGAGGAAGAAGAGGAAGAUGAGGAAGAUGAGGAAGAAGAGGAAGAUGAGGAAGAUGAGGAAGAAGAGGGGCUAAUAGUUGAAAGCAAAGGGACUGUGUUGCUAUUUUGCCUUCAAGUCUCCGUUCCCUGCAUCUUGUUAUCCAUCGCCUUCGCCAUAUGGGGUAAAAUUGAGGGCUCUGUUGGAGAGGCCUAUGUUUGCAGUACUAUAAACCUUGUGAGGAUCCUCGUGAUAUUUAAGGUGGCUCCAUAUGUACUUGGUGCAAGAGACAAGGACGUCCCAGACCCAGCCAAAACUGGAGGACAUCAACCCCAGAAACGAACAUGGUUCGAGAGACUCACAAACGUGGCACUGCCUUUGGACGCUUGUCUCGUUAGAACAGGGAUUAAUUCUGUUCUUCUCCAUUCCGUUUUGACAUACCAUGCCCAAGAUGCAGUAAGAAAACUAUUUUCCGAAUUCAUGUUUGCAGUUGUGGUAUUGUUCGAUUUUUCAGCUGUUUUUUCAUCAGGGAUGAAGUUUGCUUUAGGGUAUUAUUACCUAUACUUCGCCAUUUCCAUGGAAAUGUUCUUUCUGAUUUUCUCGGGUAGUGCAUUUGGUUUUACAGCAGUGUUUAUACUUUGGUUUAUUCUACCUGGUUUGAACGAAUUGCUGGAUUAUUGGAAAUCAGAUUGGUCCAAAAAAAGAUAUGAAUAUUUAAUUGGGAAAGUCAUUGAAGUGCUUAAGUUCAUUCUUGAGAGUACUCUCUACACUCUAUUUCUGCACAUCUUUUUAGAAAAUAAUAAAGACCGUCCUGCACUGGUGUGUUUCAUGGCGUUCCUCUGGAUCCUGAUUGCAGUAUUGCGUUUUAAUCACAGGACUAAUCUACCUGAUGUAGCUCAUAUCCUAGUGUACGUGUUUGGUUCUGCUGUCCUAAGUGUCCUUAAUUCAGUUGCUCUAGCAACAGAAGUGUUUCUGAAAGCAGAAAAGGGGGAGCGAACUGUGGAAGAUCUUCGAGUGAUCGUCUUGCCUCUUGAAUCUUUAUUUUUGGCCUUUUGGCUUGGUUUACAGGUGUAUGCCUUCUGUAUGGAGGAUAAAAAAAUAACAGAACAGCUGAGUCAGCUUUUCCAGAGCUGCAAAAAACAACUCCGAUGUCCAACAUCAUCUCAGCAAGAUCAGACACCACAAGCAGAAGCAGUAGAGAUGGAAACUCUCUCCACCUGAGCAGAGAACAGCACACAGACAGCAGGGAAUAUGAAGAUGGUCUCAGUGACGUGUAAAGGAUCCUUUGUUGUCGACACAAGGACACAGUCUAAGGUCCAGAUUAUGUGUACCCACAAUGCACUUUGCAUACUGUUCUUUGCUAAUUGGUACACUGAAUUAUGACAUCAUUCAUCUGUAAAUAUCAUUUAAAGCCUAGCUAGCGAACAUAGUUUUAGUUAAUGCUGCCAAAACUUUAAUCAUGAUGUUCGCAAUCUGUUGGUGUUGCAAUUUCUGAUUAAUUCAUUUUCACCUUAUUUGCCUACUGCUUUUUUGU